AAAGUAUGCAUUGGCAAAAGAAACUAUGAACAACGUACACGAUUGAGUGGAAUAGUGGAAAAAACACGCCAUAUACAUGAAGGAAAAAUGAGUAGCGUCUUCAAAUUCCAAAAUUAGUUACUACGAACUCUUCCGUCUCUCUCUCUUUCGAGAAAUUCGGAACCUCUCGGUUCAGUUUCUUGCAAAAUGGAGAGGUUGCCGAUGCAAGCAGUGAUUAGCAAUCAAAGCAAAAUUGGGCUUAUUCAAUUCCCUGCUUCGUGAGAGAAGAGUUUCGUUCCGUUUUUUGCAAAGAAAUAGCGAAACUCUCCGAUCUUGUAACGUAAUCGGAGCUCUUCAAUUCCCUUUAAAACCUUCUUUCUAUGGCAGCUCAACCUCCCCAUUUGUAUUCGCUUCUCUUCUCUGCAAAAUCACCAUUGCAGAAGCUCUGUAUUCAUCUCCCCCUUUUUCUGUCUCAAUCGGGGGAGAGGUACAGUGUUGAGCCAAAAUGAAAAACCGCGGCCCUCGAAAGGUUCCUGCUAAAUGGGUUCCCUUCAUUUGCCUCGCUUUCUUCCUCUUUGGGAUGCUUCUCACUUCCAAUGGCAGGAUUUGGACGCCGAAGCAAUCGGAUUCACGCCUUGUUUCCCGGCUACAACAUGACCAGCAACAACUCCGGAGUGUUUCUGAAGACAUCAUCACUACGAAUCAGAGAUCUGUGGAGGACAAGAGAGUGUUGGCGGAGUUUCACAAAACCCAGGCAGCAAUUCAGUAAGAGUGUUGAUUUGGGUCUCUGUAAUUUAAUCAAUUUGAUUUCAUCUUUUAAAAUGAUAAUCGGAUUGGGAUUUCUGCGUUUUUGUGGUGGUCGUUAUAGAUCUCUAGGCAGGCAAGUUUCUACACUGAAGACUGAAAUGGCUGCGGCUUGGAAGGUUACCCCUCCUGACAUCAAUCGGCCAUCAGAUAGAAAUCAUUUCCCAAGGAAGAAGAUGUUCAUAGUGAUUGGAAUCAAUACUGCCUUUAGCAGUAGAAAGCGGCGUGAUACUGUGAGGGAGACAUGGAUGCCUCAAGGGGAAAAACUCUUGCAAUUGGAGCGCGAGAAGGGAAUUAUCAUUAGGUUCAUGAUUGGCCACAGUGCAAAAUCCAAUAGUAUCUUAGACCGUGCCAUUGACUCAGAAAAUGCUCAACACAAGGAUUUUCUAAGGCUGGAGCACAUUGAAGGAUACCAUGUAUUGUCUGCAAAAACAAAGAUUUUCUUCACCACAGCUUAUGCUAAGUGGGAUGCUGACUUCUAUAUUAAAGUUGAUGAUGAUGUCCAUGUCAAUUUAGGUGCUUUGGCUACAACUCUUGCUCAUCAUCGUACUAAGCCGAGAGUGUACAUGGGAUGCAUGAAAUCUGGACCUGUUCUUUCUGACAGCAAUGAGAAAUACCACGAACCAGAAUAUUGGAAAUUCGGGGAGGAUGGGAACAAGUAUUUCAGACACGCAACUGGGCAGAUUUAUGCAAUCUCAAAUGAUCUGGCUUCUUAUAUCUCAACCAAUCGGCAAAUACUGCACAAGUACGCAAAUGAGGACGUAUCACUUGGUGCAUGGUUCAUUGGUCUUGAGGUUGAGCAUAUCGAUGACCACAGCAUGUGCUGCCCCACGCUACAAGAUUGUGAGUUGAAAGCGCAAGCAGGGAAUGCUUGCAUUGCUUCAUUUGAUUGGAAGUGUAGUGGGAUUUGCGAGUCGGUGGAGAGAAUGAAAUACGUUCAUGAGAAGUGCGGGGAAAAGAAUGACACUCUGUGGACUGCUUCCUUCUGACCUUCUAAAAGUUUUACCAUAUAUAAAGAAAGAGAAGCUGUUCUGUUCAUUGCAACUUGGAAGGAGGUAGCUAACAGAGGCUGCUGGUUCUUCUUCUUCGUCAGCUCUGGUGGAAGCCAUGUGAGAGAGAUGAAUCAAGAUGAAUAGUGAUGUUUUUUCUAUUUAAUUUUGCACUUGUUACCAAUCCAUAGCCUAAUGACAAUAGCUUUUUUUUUCCUUUCUUUUUCUUUUUUAAUGAAAAACAAUUUCAU